AACAGCGCGCAAUAUUUUGCAGUCAGGUACUGCUUUACAAACUCUAGUCAUCUUGCUUAAGGACAAUGGACAGCCAAGCCUGUCCAGCACAUUUACGAUGUACAUUAGUUUUGGAAAACAGCACUGAAGGGAUCAGCGAAAGAAGUACCUUGGUGAUGAAUUACGAAUAUUUCUCUGAUCCAAACGGUUAUUUAAUUGUCAUUUUCCGUUGCACUUUCGUGGUCUGCCUUCUGAUCAUCAUUCUAUUGAUUGGCUUCAAGUGUAAACAGGACAGAAAUAUUAUCCAAGAGUAUUACUCCCCCAGUUACUGUUACAAUCGUGGGGUUUCGCACGGCACGUUUAAUGGAAGAUCUGCGAUGAAGGAAAUGUUACCCUAUCCUUGGACAGAGCGGGCAGUCCGCGGGCCAGAUCUGAAUCAAUACUCGGUAAGUCUGUCUCCAGUCAGCGAAAAACGAUUUUUCUCUUACUGAAGCCAUGUAGUGUUAAAGGUCUCAAGGUCAGUGUUAAAUUACGCUGAUGCGUAGAUUGAAGAAUGCCAAUUUUGUAUGCGGCCAUUUUAUUUCUGCCGGGGCAUGUGAAACAGUGCGAGUGAAAUAUUUAGAAAACUUACCCUUGUUGCACGUUUUUCACUAUCGCUUAAAUGGGAGUACGGUUGUAAUUGAAAAAGUAAAAUGUCCCGCAACUGGAAUGAAAACAUCUUGAAAUUGCAAGUUUUAUUUCUGAAGGCAGUCCUUCUGUUUGUCACUGGAUAAUGCGCACAAACGCGUUGCCAUUUAACCUAUUACGUAACGGUUUGGGUACCUGGAUCCAUUUACGUGGAUGAAAGUACUAAUGUGCGGAAGUUGCGUUGAAGAGUUUAAUGAUUGGGUACCCAUGUAUUCUAGAAGAAUUUUUGAUAGAUCGUGCCACAAAAUAUACAUAUAAUAAUAAUCAACAGGCGAAGGAAAUAAUUAAGCCCAUUUUUUUGCAACACAACUCAUGCCUGAUGCUGACAUUGUGAGGACGACUGGCUGGAGGAACUCAGAGAGUCUGGCAGCACCUGUGGAGAGAAACAGACAGAUGACGUUUGGUGUGGAGCCCGUCAUGAUUGGUGGAGAGGUCCGUUCUGCAUAGAGAAGGCUUAGAGCAAACAGUAUCAAGUGGUAGUUGGAUCCAGGUGAGGAGGGGAUUUUUCGCAGUUGUUUCUUGUGGAUGAUACCACAGGUUGAGGAGAACUGGCUGAGUCUCCAUUUGUAGAUGAACGAGAAUGCCCUGAUGUCAUCCUGAUGUGGAAUGAAAAUGCAAAGCGACGUCGCCCAUUGUAAAAAUGAGGAUUGGCAAAAAAAUUAGAACAAAUCUGCAGAUUAAUGGGCAAUUCAGUAAUUUAGUUGCAAAUUGCAGUAACACAACCAAUCACGAAAAAUAGAAAAAAGAAAAAUAGAAUCUCAUGUUAAAUAAGAAUUCAAAAAAUCACAACAUUUCCAUGGAUGUUUCCAACAACAAGCAAGUUAUGUGCUUUUAAGCUGCUGCAUGCAAGAUUUACAUUGCAGCCGUACCUCUGCGUCCUAUGCAUGCACAAGUCAAUAAACUCGGCUUGUAUUGGACGUGACGAUGCAUUUCUCCAGCAAUAACUUUAAAGAGGAAGUUGGUUCAACAAUUGGUCAAUUGAAAGUAUUAUUUUCACGAACACCUUCUCCAAAAUUUGGAAAGUGCUAAUGAAAUAAUCUUAUCAAAGAAGGGAAAUUAUGUAGUCGUUAUAUGAACAGAGAUGCUGCCCGUCCCGGUGAGUUAUACUCUAGCUUUUUGUGCUAUCUUCUUAUAUUUUCUUACUACCCUAAGGUGUGAUUGUAAGGGGUCAAACAUGUGUAAGCAAAUACUGCAUAUCCGAUAUGGUAUGUUGCAUCAUAAAAAUAACGAUGCCAUUUAUUUAUUCGUUGUGGAAUUUUGACUGAACUGAAAAAACAUGUUUACGUUCUGGGGAUAACCCUCUUCCGACGGGCCUGAUGUGAUUUUCGACGUUAAAUGAAAAAAAAACAUUCUUCAAGUUUAUUUUCAAAGAGGGCGUUUUAUGGUUGUACACCAUCAAAUGUGUAGGCGAGCAGUACAGCUUUAAGAAUUGUAGCUGCAGUUGUGCAAAAGAACUGGUCGUGUCGCUGUCUACCAAUGAAAAGCUCAAGUACACAGAUAGAUCCAUUGUCCCGCCCACAUCCCCGAAUAAAGACGUCAGACGCGACGAGAAAUGCGAGGCGUGCCUGCGUUUCGAUUGCCGAAAAAGGCUGAGGAGGAUAGAUAUCCCAUCUGUUUCGAUUCGGUAUUGGGAAUAUAUAUGAGUUAUUUUAUUGUGCUUGGACUAUUUACACGGAGAAAGACCUAGAGUUGGACUUUGACUGAUCACGGAACAUGGCGUACCUACCGAGGUUUGCCUUCACUGCGUUUGCUUGCAUAUUUGCGAUUUGUGCACCGGGACUAAUCUCCGGGCAAAUUCGUUAUUCUAUUCCCGAGGAAAUGGAGCAAGGGGCAUUUGUUGGGAAUAUCGCUGUGGAUUUGGGCCUGAAUGUACGGCAACUGUCAGCUCGCAAAUUCCGGCUGAGCUCUGAUGACGGAGGGCGGUACAUGAAGGUUAGUUUGGACAAUGGAAUCAUGUCUAUUCGUGAAAGAAUCGACCGGGAACGUAUUUGUGGACAGAAUGAUCAAUGUGCUAUACAUUUCGAAACAAUACUCGAAAAUCCGUUUGAGGUGUCUGACGGCGAAUUGGAGAUUCUUGAUGUAAAUGAUAAUUCCCCCACUUUUCCGCAAAGCAGCAUUGCCUUGCAGAUAUCGGAAGCCAGUGUAUCCGGGAUACGUUUCCGACUCGAGGGCGCGGAUGAUCCCGACAUUGGUACAAAUACCGUGGCCGCCUAUGCAAUCAGUUCUAAUGAGCACUUUAGUCUAGAAACACAGAAAUCCGAAGACGGUAUUAUAAUUGCCGAAUUGGUGUUAGAGAAAUCUUUGGACCGAGAGAUGCAAUCAUCAUUUCAACUCAUGCUUACUGCGUUUGACGGCGGGGCCCCUCAGAGAUCAGCUACGACACAGGUUCUGAUUACGGUAUUCGACCAGAACGAUAAUCCACCUGUGUUCGACCAUGAUAUUUACAGAAGCAGCGUGAGCGAGAACGCGUCGCGGGGUACGUUGACGCUGAAAGUGCAAGCGAAUGAUUUGGACGAAGGACUGAAUGCGGAGCUGACAUAUCGUUUCAAUGAUGUUGCUUUGCGAGCAGUGCAACAUGUAUUCAGGUUGGAUCCACGCACUGGGGAGAUUCGAGUUCAAGGGCCUUUAGAUUUUGAGGAAGUAAACACCUAUUCUCUCGAUAUUCGAGCCCAGGACCACGGUUCCCCUGCAAUGACAGGACACUCCAAAAUAUUGAUCAAAGUCAUUGACGUGAACGACAAUGCACCCGAGAUAAAGGUAACAUCAGCUUCCAACACAAUCCAGGAAAAUACUCCAUCAGGAAGUUUCAUAUCCCAGAUUUAUGUGAUGGAUCGUGAUUCCGCAGCUAACGGCCAAGUGCGUUGCGAGAUACAAAAGAACGUCCCAUUUCGACUGCAAAAGACAUCGAACCACUAUAAAUUAGUCACCAGUGAAACGUUGGACCGUGAAGCGAUCUCUGAGUAUAACAUUGUAAUUUCAGCCUGGGACUUGGGGUCGCCUUCUCUAACAUCAAAUAAAACCAUCCAGAUUGCUAUUUCGGACGUAAAUGACAACGCACCGCAAUUCGCGGAGUCAUCCUACAACGUAUAUGUAAUGGAGAAUAACGCUCCGGGUGUAUCCAUUUUCACAGUAACUGCAACAGAUCACGAUCUGGAUCAAAAUUCCUACCUUUCCUACUCCUUUCUCGAUAAUCAUAUCCAAAACAUGCCAGUGUCCACUUACCUCUCCAUUAAUUCAAUGAACGGUACUAUUUACGCGCUGCGUUUCUUUGACUAUGAGGAACUCAAGAACUUCCAGAUCCAUGUACAGGCCCGUGACGCCGGGGUGCCUCCGUUGAGCAGCAGCGUCACGGUGAAUGUGAUCAUCCUGGAUCAAAAUGACAACGCGCCGGUAAUCAUUUCACCUUCAGAACUGAGUGAAUCGGCGGCAGUGGAUACCGUGCCCCGGUCAGCGGGUCAAGGGUACUUGGUCAGCAAGAUAAUGGCAACUGAUGCAGAUUCUGGUCAGAACGCACGGCUCUUUUAUCAGAUAGUGAAAUCUACCGACCCCGGUUUGUACAACGUUGGACAACGUUCCGGAGAAGUCAGAACAGCACGCAAUAUUUUCCAGUCAGAUACUGCUUUACAAACUCUAGUCAUCUUGGUUAAGGACAAUGGGCAGCCAAGCCUGUCCAGCACAGUUACAAUGAACAUCAGAGUUUUGGGAAACAGCAGUGAAGGAAUCAGCGAAAGCAGUACCUUGGUGAAGACGCCAGAAUAUUUAUCUGAUCCAAACGUUUAUUUAAUCGUCAUUUUCAGUUGCACUUCCGUGGUCUUUCUUCUGAUCAUCAUUCUGUUGAUUGUCAUCAAGUGUAAACAGGACAGAAAUAUUAUCCAAGAGUAUAACACCCCUAGUUAUUGUUACAAUCAUGGGGUUUCGCACGGCACGUUUAAUGGAAGACCAGCGAUGGAGGAAACAUUGUGUUAUCCUGGGACGGGACGCGUAGUCCGGGGGGCAGAACUGAAUCAAUACUCAGUCUGUCUGUCUCCAGAGUCAGCGAAAAGCGAUUUUCUCUUCCUGAAGCCACGCGACGCUUCCACCUCUCAAGCCCAAAGCUAAAUAACACUGAUAGGUAAAUUGAAGAUUGCCAAUUUAUAUGCGGCCAUUUUAUUGCUGCUGGAGGAUGUGAAUCAGUGCGAGUGCACUGUUUAGAAAACUUACCCUUGUUGCAUUGUUUUUCUCUGUCGCUUAAAUGGGAGUACGGUUGUAAUUGAAAAAAAUAAAACUGGAAUGAAAACUUCUUGAAAUUGCUAAUUUCAUUUCUGAAGGCAGUCCUUCUGCUUGUCACUGGAUAAUGUGCACAAACGUGUUGCCAUCUAGUCAAUCAUAAAUGAUCUGGGUACCUGGAACCACUUACUUAGCUGAAGUGCUAACAUGCGAAAGUUGCGUUGAAGAGUUUAUUGACUCCGUAUCCAUGCAUUCUGGACGGAUUGUUGAUAGUUCUUGGUACAACAAAUAUGCAUGGAACUUUAAUAAUAAUCAACAUAUGAAGGAAAUAAUUAAGCUAAUUUAUAUGAAAUUCAUGAAAGAAGUUGUAAUUAUGAGCACGAUUGACUGGAGGAACUCAGUGAGUCAGGCAGCACCCGUGG